UUUCGAGCCAUUGUAUAAAUGUAGAUGGAAAAAUACUUGCGCCAUCUGGAGGUUACUAAUAUAGAUAUAUGUAUUCACUUUUGUUCGUAUUGUAAAUGGCGUAUAAAAUAAAAUCGAAUUGAAGAAUUAUGUUGGUGAUUCAAUUUCUAAACUAUCCAUCAUAACAGUUUGGCGACGAGGAUCGAGAAUACAAUAUACGAAUACCCAAGAAUAUAAUUGCUGCAGUAUCCCGUUUCUACGAUGACUUCAAGUUCAACGCACCACGUGCCAGCCAAUUUUAUUGAAUUCUACGACGCUAAAACGAAAUUCAAAAGAUGGCUUCAACGAUUGGAAGGAGCGUUCAAAAUAUAUCAAGUAGAAGGGAAUGCCAAAUUACAUUAUUUUCUGCACUUCAUUGGGGGUGAAACAUACGACCUGGUAUGCAAUCUUCUUUCACCGGAUGCGCCGGAAGAUAAAAAAUACGAAGAUUUGUGCACGUUAUUAAAAAACCACUUCGACCCGCAACCUUUGGAAAUAGCAGAAUAUUUUAAAUUUCAUCAUCGCCUCCAGAACGAAGGGGAAUCUAUUCGUGAUUACAUUACGGAGUUACGUAGGAUGGCGGCAACAUGCAACUUUAGUACUUUCCUGGAGACUGCAUUAAGGAAUCAGUUCACAUGUGGCAUCAGGGAUAAACGAAUAAGGGAUCGCCUCCUAGAAACGAAGGACCUUACCAUGAAAACAGCGGUGGAGCUAGCCCAAAGUAUCGAGUCAUCUUACGCCAACGAAAUUUCAGAUAAGUCUAUUCAUUCAGUAACUUCGGUUAAAAAUAAAAUGCCUAAACAUGUUAGCAAUAAAAAAAUUGUAGCCAAGCCACAGUCAGGUCAGAAAGAAAAUAGUAUUUCAUGUUUUCGAUGUGGUGGUUGUCAUUAUGCAAAUAAAUGUCGGCAUACAAGCAGUGUCUGUAAUUAUUGUAAACGAAAAGGGCACAUUCAAAAAGUACGCAUGCAAUUACAAAAAUCCGUUAACGAAGUAGAUGCGGACGAUACUGAUGAUGAGAACCAACCAGUAUUUUAUAUAAAUAAUGUAGAAGAUGAGUUUAAUCCUGAAAAAAUGUGGUUAGAGGUGAGGUUAAAUAAUGAAUUCAUGAAAAUGGAGCUUGAUAGCGGUUCAGCUGUUUCAAUUAUUAGUUAUGUAGAUUAUAAGAAACAUCUAAAUAAUGUUAAAUUAAUACCUACUCCAAUUAGGUUGAAAUCUUACACUGAUAAUGAUUUAAAUGUUUUAGGGAAGCUACAGGUGACGGUGACUCUCGAGGAGGAAUCAAAAGAACUUCCUUUGUAUGUCAUAUCAGGAAAUAAAACACCAUUAUUUGGUAGAGAAUGGAUAAGGGGAUUUUCAGCAGAUACGCUAAGUAAAAUGUUUCAUACGGUAAAUGCUGUUCAAGUUUCAAAUACUGGCCAAUCCGUUACUGGCACUGAAUCAGUUCUUAAAAAAUUAUUAGGUAAAUAUUCUGUCUUAUUUGAUAAGCAAAUAGGAGAAAUGAAAGGUGAACCUGUUUCAAUAAAUUUAAAAGCCAAUGCAAAUAUACCUUUCUUUAGAGCUAGACCCGUUCCAUUUGCAAUAAAAAAAUUAGUUGAGGACGAAAUUGACAAUUUGGUUAGGGAAGGUGUAUUAGAAAAAAUAGAUUACAGUGAUUAUGCAACACCUAUUGUACCGGUAGUAAAAUCUGGAAAUAAAAUACGUUUAUGUGCAGACUUUAAGGUAACUUUAAAUCCAAAUUUAGUGGUGGAUGAACAUCCUUUGCCUACCACUGAUGAAUUGUUUCAAGAUUUAGCUGGAGGGGAAAAAUUCACUAAAAUUGACUUAACUAAAGCAUACCUACAAAUGAGAGUUCGUGAUGAGGACCAGAAAUUUCUUACACUAAAUACACAUAAGGGUCUUUAUAAAUGCACACGAUUAAUGUACGGCUUAAGUUGCGCCCCUGCUAAAUUUCAAAGAAAAAUUGAAAAUAUUUUGUCAGGAAUACCCGGCAUUGCUGUGUUCAUAGAUGAUUGUAGACUAACUGCUCCAAACGAUAAAAUUCAUCUUGAACGAUUAGAAGAGGUAUUUAAAAGAUUAUUAAAUUACAAUAUCAAAGUAAAUUUAAGUAAAUCAGAGUUCCUAAAAAAUGAAAUUGAAUAUUGUGGUUACCGAAUUGAUAAGUUUGGUAUUCAUAAAACUAAAAGUAAAGUAGAUAUGGUAGUCAAUGCUUUACAACCAAAAAAUAUCCAAGAACUUCAAUCAUUACUAGGACUUAUAAACUACUAUGGUAGAUUUUUUGAAAAUUUAAGCGAGAUAUUAGAGCCAAUGAGAUUGUUAUUGCGUGAAGGUGUAAAAUGGAAUUGGACAAAGGCUUGUGAGAAUGCUUUAAACAAAAUAAAAGAAAUGAUGAAAUCGGAUAAUUUUUUAGUACAUUUUAACAACAAUUUACAAAUUAUCCUAGCCACUGAUGCAUCGCCUGUAGGCGUAGGUGCUGUGUUAUCGCAUAUCAUGCCAGAUGGCUCGGAAAAACCGAUUCAAUUUGCUUCCCAAUCCUUAACUAGUUCACAACGUAAUUGGUCUCAAAUUGAUAAAGAGGCAUAUGCGAUCAUUUUUGGAGUGAAACGUUUUCACCAAUUUUUAUUUGGUCGGAAAUUUGUCUUGUAUACAGACCAUGCACCAUUAGCUCAAAUAUUUUCUCCACAAAAAGGCUUACCGAUAAUGUCUGCGAGUAGAAUGCAACACUAUGCUAUUUUUCUACAAAGUUUCAAUUUUGAAAUAAGGUAUAAAAGUUCAAAAUUAAAUGCAAACGCUGAUGCGCUCUCUAGAUUACCUGUAGAAUCCAAAAUUGAAAAUACUGUAGAAGAAUCUGACAUUUAUGAAAUUUCCCAAAUACACACAUUACCUGUAACAGUAGAUGAGUUAAGCAAACAAACAAAAUUAGACACAGAACUAGGACUUCUAUUGACCAUGCUAAAAGAAAAUAAUAAUGUUCCACAUUUAGUUAGAUUUGGAAUUAAUCAAUCAGAAUUUACAAUUCAAAAUGAUUGUAUUUUAAGAGGGAAUAGAGUCGUGAUACCUUCUAUAUUACGAAAGCGAAUUUUAAAAGACUUACAUUGCGCUCAUUUUGGAAUAGCACGAAUGUUAUCAUUAGCACGCAGUGUAUGUUGGUGGCCCGGAAUAGACGAGGACAUUAAAGCAGUAGUACAAAAUUGUUUAACCUGUGCGGAAAACAAAAAUAAUCCUCCUGAAAUUAAACAUCAUUGGGUUUAUCCUUCUUCACCAUUUGAUAGAGUUCAUGUAGAUUUUGCUGGACCAUUUUUAAAUGUAUAUUUUCUCAUCUUAAUUGAUGCAUAUUCAAAAUGGCCAGAGGUUCACAUUUUACACAAAAUUAAUACUGAUAAUACAAUUGAGAUAUUGCGUAGAAUUUUCUCUAUUUUCGGAAUUCCAAAUUGCUUAUGUACCGAUAAUGGAGUACAGUUUGUAAAUCCAAAGUUCGAAUUAUUUCUAAAAAGUCAAAAUAUAGUUCACAAACGAUCAGCCCCAUACCACCCUGCGACAAACGGACAAGUGGAAAGGUAUGUGCAAACAAUAAAACGUAAAAUAAAAUGUUUACAAGCAAAUAAAUUAAAUUUGCAAGAAAAUUUAGACAAAAUUUUAACUCAAUAUCGUAACACAAAACAUCCUGCUACGAAUAAAUCUCCAUCUGAAAUGAUUUUUGCUUAUCCAAUAAGAACUACUCUUUCUUUAAUGUUACCAAAACCAGUAGAAAGAUCAUUCGAAGUAGGAGAUAGAAUUGCAGCGAGAAACUACUUAGGUCCACUCAAGUGGAAGUUUGGUAGAGUUACUAAAAAACUAGGGUUAUUACAUUAUGAAAUAACGUUAGAUGACGGAUUAGUCUGGAGGAGACAUAUUAAUCAGUUAUCAAAUUGUGGUGAAAAUCUUGAAAGGCAAUUACCAUGUGACUAUAGGAAUCAUGAAAUAAUAAAUCCACCCGAGAGUAAACCGGAUCCUAUAGUUAACCCAGAGGUAAGACAAGAAGAAAUACAUCCUGCUGAGACAUCAGAUAAUGCUGUAAUAUCAGAGCCUUCUGUUUCAGUUGUACCUAACUUACGACGUAGUAAACGUACACCUAAACCUAUUGAUAAGUUGAAUUUGUAAUGUAUGAAUUUUUCAAGGACGGGAAGUGUUACGCCACUGUAUAAAUGUAGAUGGAAAAAUACUUGCGCCAUCUGGAGGUUACUAAUAUAGAUAUAUGUAUUCACUUUUGUUCGUAUUGUAAAUGGCGUAUAAAAUAAAAUCGAAUUGAAGAAUUA